UUAUCAGGAUUAUAUUUAUGGUUGGUGGGGUUACUCCUGCAUUGUUUUCCGUCGGUGGAGGGUUGUGAGUGGUCCUCGUGGGAAGAAUGUCCGACCUACUGCGGUGGUAGUGAAACACAACAUCGUGUAAGGAACUGUGAGAACUGUACCCAGGAAUGCAAUCCUCUAGAUAUAGAGAGCAGGCGUUGUAACAAUACGGAAUGUCAUGAAUUCAAUGAUUCAAAAGAAUUAAGCAUGACUUCAGCUGGAACUACUCAGAGCGUUUUAAGUGUUACUGAUAUGACGGCGGCGAAAGUUCUGUCCACUCCUAAUGGUUACCACGAAGAAAAUUUUACUACUACGGAUGAUUCUGCGAAAGAUUUCCAAUUGAAUAAAUUCAACCCUACAGCCAACACAACGCAGAACAACUUGACCACAAAAAUAAUCACCAUUAUAAAAUUAUCUACAGACGUGAAAAAUGUCACCGAAGACAUAGUCUCAUUGCCAACAGCUGCUUUUACGCCCAAAGCAUGCUUACACAGCACACAGGAAGAGGAAAACAUUGUUUUCAGGUACAUCCGGGAACUCUGCAUUGCCAUUUUAGUUUUCCUGUUGGUGCUUGUUUUUGCUGCCUUUUUGCGUGAGAGGAAAAAGAGAUUAAAGCAGCAAAGAGAACAUUCUUAUAUCUUUACAUUACCACCCAAUACAGAACUUAACAAUAUAAGGGAAUCCAAUGUUUUUUACCAUACAACUUUGGAUUUUUCCAAUCUCUUUAUUGACGAUAGAGCCGAGAGACUAUCAUCCUGUAUAUAUCAAGAUAUUACUGAUUUAGUUCCGAUGGAUAAUUUGGUCUCACCGAGGUCAACAUAUCAGCAAAUACCAGUCAAUCUUGUCAAUACAGAAGAUGUGGAAUAA